UCUACUACUAUGUUAUAGGAUUCCUCGCCGCCACCUUUCUGUGUCAUUCUCAUUACAACAAGUACGACGGAAACUUCCAUCGGCCUCGGAAUCAGUACCAAAAGAAACGCGAAAAGGCCGCCGCCGCCGCUGCUGCCGCUUCUGCAAAGACACAUCACCGCCGCCUCUCUACCGAGGAGCCGGAGCUUGCGGUGAGACGUCCUCGUCAUGGCUCAGGACGUGCCGAUGGAGGACAUUCUCACGCUCGAGUCCGCGACCCGAGACGACCCCAACGCACCAUUCGGCGUCACCAACGAGACCACGACGACAGCGCCGAAGCCGACGAGUCACAAAUCCCCUCCAGGACAACACGCACCGCCGAUCCAUCCUCCACAACUCACCAUCCCACCAAACGCGUCCGUCCCACUCCCAAGAGCCCUUUUGUCCGCGAAGAGGAAAUCCUCGGGCGACGCACCGACCUCUCCCCGCCGUCGCCGCUCCGACCUGUCCACUCCACCGCCGAGCGACAACGACGGGGCCGCGCACAUCGAAAGCCCGUGGACUUCGCCCUACCCGAUCACACCCGUCCAGGCCACAACACCCGAUUCGAGAACGACGUCGCUUUCUCCCACCUCUAUGGCGCGUAUGACGACCAGAUGCACGCUCCCUUUGAGGGAACUUGACCUGGACGGUGAUCGUCACGAUAUGGAUACAGAGGAGGACGAGGAUGAGGAGAGGAGCGAUGCUUGUUUUGAAUUGUACGUGUCGCCUUGGAGACUUGGUGAGGGGUUUUACAGUCGACGAUUGGCUGCAAGGCAAACUCGCUUGGACCUUGAAGCGCAAGAUUGGUUUGCGCAUGAUCGGUACAACCCGCGCAAAAGGAUCAAAUUGGAGGACGGAUAUGUGACUCCGUUGACGCCAGUAGAACCGACUGGGCGAGAACGCGUGCUUCCAUCCCUGCAUAUCCCAUCACCUUCGAUCUUUUCGAGCACGUCGGACCUCACUAAAAUUCGACGGACGACUAUCGCAAACGGAAUCGAACACAGUGCGACACAAGGUCCGGAUCUGUCCAAGAUACAGAACCGUCGAAACCCACACGGCACACCCAUUUCACCAGCGGGACUAGAGCAGAUGGGCCAGCUUCGAUUGACCCAAAGCGAAAAGCCUUUCAACAUGAUUGACGGGUUCGCCCAGGACAAGAGUCUUCUCUUCUCCCUGAUAAGCGUUCUGCCGAUCCCAUCCCUGAUCGACCUCUAUGCGAUUUCCAAAUCUUUCUUUCGAUCCUUCAACGACCACGCAACGGCGUCAAUUCUCGCCUCAGCAGACACUUGGAGCCCCAACGCCAAACGCAUCUUUCCCUGGCGGUGCUAUUUGUCUCUUUGUAUCAAGGAUCCGGUCUUGCGACAGCAGUCUCGACCAAAGGAUCGUCGUUCUGCUAAGAACAGUACGAGCGACUCUUCGACGAAUGGAGCUAGUCUUCAUGACAACAUAAUCGAAGAACUCAUACCGACGGACGAGGAAUUGAUCCAGAACGCUCGCGAUGUGCCGAGUCUGCGCUGGCUACAGAUGGUCGCGUGGCGGCACGGCGUGGCGAAAGACAUCAUCGAAAUGUUGCGCUCGAAAGGUGCUUUGAUUAGUCUCGGGCCCGGCAUCGAUGUGAUCAAGCGCUUGUGGCUCGCCAUGGACCUUCCCCUGAACACCUACCGUCAAGCCCUCUUCCGCAGCAAGACCUACUUCCCCGACCACAUCCUCAUCCAAGCCCUCAACCUCAUGAUGAAAAUCGAUAUGGCCUUCACCGACCCCAGCUACCCUCUCUUCCCAGCCAACCCGCCACCCCCGGUCGACGUCUUCGACUUCCCGCUCCCCGCUCCUCCCCAGCCCUUCAACCCGUCCAUCGACCCCGACGACAUCCCCGACCACGACGACCCCGUCUUCCAAUUCGACAGCCUCCCCGCCCACGGCGCCUCCACCACGCCCGCCUUCCGCCAAGCGCUGCUCGGCGAAAACUCCUUCUCCCCGCUCUGGCGCGUCCUCCACAACUGGUCGCCGUGGGAAGGCCUCAUCCGCAGCCGGGACUGGCACGAGCACCAAUACUCCGACCCGCGCCCGCUGUCCCGCCUCGACGUCCUCAAGCUCUACGCCUGCCACAAACUGCCCAAUGCCGACCUCGCCCCGUUCCUCGACCCCUCGCCCCCGCUCGACCUCCCCCCGCGGAGAGUCCGCUUCAUGGGCGUCCCCCUCAGCACCAUCCGCGCGAAACGCUUCGAGCGGAGCGGCCUCCAGGCCUGGGAGUCCUCCGUCGCGGCCUACGAUGCGGAUCGGAGACCCCGGCAGCGCGAGGGUCAGGAUAAUCUGAGCUUCCUGAGGGGGCCCAGGGUCUUCUCCCACGGCCGCGAGCUGGUCCCGCUCUUGUUGAUCGAUGAGCUGAUCCUCGGGGAGCUCUUGAGACGCAGAAUCCAGCUCGGUUGGUUGGUCUGGAAGGCUCUCGGGGAGGGCUAUUGUCCGACGUUGAGAAGGCCGCCGCCGGGGAGGUAGGGGGUGGGAGAGAUGGAGAGAGAUAUGGUUGGUUGGAUUGGUGCAGAGGGUGAAGGGGCAGGAAGGGUUUGUUCUUCUUAUUGAUCUUCUUUUUG